UAAUGAAUAGUAUUUAAAAAUUUAUAUAAAAUCAUUAAAUUUUUUUAAGGUUUAAAAUUAUUAGAGAAUAAAGAAGCAUAUAUAAAACAGCUCUGCGUUAUGAUCUCUCCACAGCUAGCCUUCUUCCAAAGCAUGAAGCAGCUCAGCUUCUCCUGCGCAUCCUCUGCUUCGGCAGAAGUAUGCACAGUCCUGAGACAACGCUCGGCAGUAGGGUCAAUCGAUCGAGGACCGGAGCCUGCUCCGCUUCAUUUGAAAUCUGGAGCUGUCUCCGGAGCAACAGCGUCUUCUUCUGCUACUUGCCAAGAACAAGUCGUGCAUUUGAGGGUGUCUUUGCACUGCAAGGCUUGUGAAAGGGAGAUCAGGAAGCACAUCUACAAGAUGGAAGGGGUGACUUCAUUUGAGGUGGAUUUGGCGAAAAAGAAAGUGACUGUGGUCGGAAAACUCACACCCCUCCAAGUUCUACGCAAUAUCUCAAAGGUCAAAAAUGCUCAAUUUUGGCCUUCACAUCCACUCGCACCACUUGAAUCUAGUUAA